AUGGGGUAUUAUGACAUCGAUGAUGUGCUGGCAGACGCGACGGACUUUCCCUGUAAGUUUCAAUAUGAUAUCCCGGGUUUAGGCUACCUGGAGAACAAUCCAGGACGACCUAUGUCUAAAAACACGAAGCUAAAUCUACCACUGUGGUUGGCAAGGAUCCUGGCAAUUGUAGGUGGUGACGACGCUCUGGUAGAUGAAGAGCCCAUGCCCUUUGUUGAACUUUUGCCGCCAGACAUGUUUUCUACGAAGGUGAUGAACGCGAUCAAGACAGAUCCUGUGGCUCUGGACUUGCAUUCUAUAAAUUCGCAUUUUUUCAGUUUGGCCAUAAAAUGGAUAACGUUGUUUAGUGAGAAGGAACUGGCCAAUGUGGUCAGCGAGUUGCUUCUACAACGGGCGCAGGAACUCAAUCAUCAUUCUAGUAGUUUGGCAGUAGACAUUAAUGCUGAUUCCGUUGGGAAGAAUUCAGCAAACACUAAUAUAUCAACGAGUACUUUCUUGUUAAAACUCGACGAAAUGGAAAAGGACAUAUAUAAGAAAUCUCACGAGUCAUAUAAGGACACCAAGAAGUGGAUGUUUCAAAAAUAA